AUGUCGGAAUGCCAAUUGUUCCUCUUUGCGGACCAGACGGUCGAUUCUGGGGCGUACUUGACAAAUAUUUCACUCCAGCCCGCACUUUCAAAACUAUUGCUGCCCUUUUUCCAGUCCACAACGCAUUCUCUUAAAACCCAUAUUCAAAGGUUACCCCACUACGAGAGGAAUGCUUUCAGAAGUUUCGACUCAAUCCUUGACCUCGCUUCUGAGAGUUCCAGCAGAGAGCCAAGUACCGUUAUUUCCACUGUGCUUCACUGUGUUGCCCAGCUUGCUUCACUCAUCAUCUCAACUGAAAGUCAACCGGAUCUAUGGAAAGACGAUUCUGAAAAAUACUUUGCUGGUGUGUGCACUGGAUCAUUUGCGGCGGCGGCCGCAGCUACGAGCGAAAAUAAACAGGAAAUAAUUGAUAUCACCCCUGAAAUCAUUGCUACAGCCUUCUAUCUAGGAGUAGAAGCCGCCAGAAGAUCCAGUAUAAUUGAGCCGGAAACAGAUACCUGGGCCAGAGUUGUUCGGUGCACAGAGGCGAACUAUACCAGAGAAAAACUGGCCAGAUUCCAUCACACAAAGGGCAUACCGUGUCACAAAUGGGCAUAUAUCAGUGCAGAAUCACAACACUACAACACCAUCAGCGGGCCGCCAUCUACCCUAAAACUACUUUUUGAGGAUUCCGAAAACCUCUCUGUUACGUCUGUCCCUAUUCGCAUUACGGCUGCGUUUCAUGCCAAUCAUCUUCCCUUACCAGAUAUCGAGAAUAAAAUUCUGCAGCCGGCCUGCCUCCGAGACAAACCUCUGCGAAAUCGAAAUCAUAUUCUCUCUCCGAGUACUGGCAAUUCCUAUAAGGGUGGCACUUUGCACUCUGUUCUACAAGAAGCCCUUGUAGACAUUCUGCAGACCCCAAUACAAUGGAACUCACUCCUGGUGGGCAUCGCUUCCAGUAUGCGUGGCCUGUGCGUGAAAAUGACGGCAAUAGGAGCGCCCGGUGGAAUAAACUUGAUAUGCGACGGGCUUUCCUCAGCGGGUAUAAAUUGGGAAAAAACGAAUGAGACUCAAAUGGAUAGGUCCUCUCAAUCCGAAGCUAUUGCAGUUGUUGGAAUGUCAGGUCGGUUCCCUGGGGGUCAAGACUUGGAAGAAUUCUGGGAUACUCUAGCAACUGGGAAAGACAUGCAUCGAUCGGUGCCCACCGAUCGAUUCGACGUGAAAGACUUCCUUGAUCCGUCAGGAAUCAAACAAAAUACAAGUCGGACCCCAUUCGGUUGUUUCAUCGACAACCUAGGUCACUUCGAUGCAAACCUGUUCAACGUAUCACCACGCGAAGCAAAGCAAAUGGACCCGACGCAAAGGCUGCUUCUGAUGUCGGCAUAUGAAGCCCUAGAGAUGGCCGGGUACAGUGACGGACGUGGAGGCACAGUCAGCACAUUCAUUGGCCAAAUGUCAGACGACUGGCGAGAAUCUAAUGCAAGCGGAGACAUAGACCUGUACUAUAUCCCAGGUACGAUGCGGGUAUUUGGACCAGGCCGACUUCAAUAUUUCUUUGGAUGGGAUGGUCCAUCUUAUAGUGUUGAUACGGCAUGCUCGGCAAGUAUGAGCUCGGUGAAUCUCGCAUGUCGUGCUCUUCUCGCUGGCGAUUGUGAUACUUCAUUGGCAGGUGGCGGAAAUGUGAUGACUGGGCCGCAGAUGACUACUGGGCUAAGCAAAGGUGGUUUCCUAGCAUCUUCAGGUCCUUGCAAGACAUUUGAUGAUGCUGCUGAUGGAUACUGCCGCGGAGAGGGGGUUGGUGUCGUUGUCCUCAAGCGUUUAUCGGAUGCUAUUGCAGACAAUGAUGAGAUCCAGGGGGUAAUUCGAAGUAUCGGGACCAAUAAUUCUGCGGAUGCACCUUCAAUCACCCAGCCUCAUCAAAAUACCCAAGAGAGGCUGUUCAAGAAAGUGCUGCGAGAUGCGUGUGUGCCUCCUAGCUCCGUGGAUUACGUUGAGCUACACGGGACGGGUACCCAGCGAGGCGACGUGUCGGAAGUGUCUUCAGUGGCCAAUAUCUGUGCACGCGGCCGCGCCUCUGAUUCUCCAUUGAUAAUUGGAUCGGUCAAAGCAAAUGUCGGACAUGGUGAAGCAGCUGCAGGUAUUACGUCGUUGGUCAAGUCACUUCUCAUGUUUCAGAAAGAUACGAUUCCACCACAUAUCGGCAUCAAGACACAAAUGAACCGACGUAUCUCUCCCGUGGACAGAGAAAGUAUUUGUGUCCCAGCCUCCCCGCUCCGCUUUGAUCCUAAACCUGGCGGAUUACGUCGGAUAUUAAUCAAUAAUUUCAAUGCAGCGGGUGGCAAUACAAGCCUACUAUUAGAAGACUACCAACGACAUGAUCCCAGUGCCGAUGACCCGCGCUCGCACCACGUUGUAACUUUGUCAGCCAAGACACGAUUCUCUCUUCAACAGAACAAGGAGCGGCUGAGCAGUUACCUAGAAAACCAACGGCAAACUUCAAUCAGCAAUUUGUCAUAUUCUUCCACAGCCAGGCACCUUCACCACGGCCUUCGCACCGCAUAUUCUGUUGAAGACGUCCCAGAUCUAAUUCACCAAAUGGACAGCGAUCUGUCCAAGACAACUAUUCAACCUCAAUCUACAGGAAGACCUCCAGUGAUAUUCUCUUUCGCUGGCCAAGGAUUUCGUUAUAUCGGGAUUGCCUCACAGCUUUUCAAAACAUGCCCCACUUUUCGGAAUAUCCUUGAAGAAUUGAACAGCCUUUGUGAGAUGCUCGGAUUUGCCACAUGUCUUGAGGUUUUGCUUGAUGACAAAAUAAAACUUGAAGACAUCGCACCAGGCACAGCUCAUCUCGCAUUGGUGUGUUUGGAGCUUGCUAUUGCAAAGCUCUGGCAGACCUGGGGCAUUGAGCCUGAUGCUGUUAUUGGUCACAGUUUGGGAGAGUACUCUGCGCUUUGCAUCGCUGGUGUUCUAUCCAUCGGUGAUACUUUAUCUCUGGUUGGGAAACGUGCAGCCGUCAUGGGAGAGCUAUGCUCUGAAGGCUCGCAUGUCAUGUUGGCGAUAGGUGCAUCAGAAGAAACUGUUGAGAGACAUCUCAUGGCUGAACAUUCCAGUUCCUGCGUGAUAUCGUGUCGAAACAGUGAGGCUUCUACCAUUGUAAGCGGCCCCACAAAGGAUAUUAAAGAACUCGGAGAAUCGCUUUCCUCUCAUAAAAUCAAGAAUACCUUGAUAGAGGUACCCUACGCUUUCCACUCUCCUCAAAUGGAUGCCAUUCUGGGUCCAAUUGAGGAAUUCUCGAUACCAAUUCCCUUUCGCAAACCCGCGAUCCCAGUGAUAUCGUCCCUAUAUGGAGACGUCAUUCGCGACGAGGGGAGAUUUGGCAGCACUUACCUCGCUCAGCAAACAAGACAAAAGGUCAAUUUCGUUGGUGCACUCGAGAAAUACCAAUCCAGUGACCUAUACAGCCCGGACACCGUUUGGGUUGAUUGUGGCCCAGGUCCGGGUCAGUUCCGACCCGUAGCUCCUUACAAAGGAACCCGGAAUUCUCGUUUUGAUUAUUCCAAAGGCAAAACGUUGCCGGUGAAGGUGCUGAAGGAGGUCAUACGAUGCGACAUCCGUCUACGAGUAACAUCCCAAGAUAUAGAGUGGAAUGAGAAGGAAUUAUUCGAUCAAAAGAGAAUUUUGAUGCUGAUAGAGCGGACAACAAACACUUGA